AAAACUCUCCCUUUAUUUUGUCCUUUGGCAUAUACCCCUACCUUUAUAUCUUCCUUUAUUGCACGCUAUUUUGCUUAUUCACUUUCAGAAGAUUAUUAAACCGCUAACACUACCGCCAAACUUGUAGCUUUCACAUUUGCGACUGAUAAUGCAGCAUCAAUCUCCGGGCAAGGGCUUGGCCACACACUCGUUAUCAAGCACAUGGCGUCCCUCUUUGAAUAGGACUUCAGUGCCCGGUAGCCAGGACCGCUGGGCGUCCGCCCACGCUGCACAGGAGGAAGCAUGGACACAGUACGAUGGGCUCGGGCCAGUCAACCCAGUUAGAGAUUUGUCGCGGGAUUGGAGAUCUAAAGGUGGAGCAGGACAGCAACCCAUGUCACACGGAUCGCAGAGGGGAAGGAGCGCAGAGAUUAAAAAUCCUUUCGGCAAAGGGGCAAACAAAGGCCGGAGUGGCGUUGGGUACCGGGAGACCUCCAGAGACGGUCGAUCACCCCCGUCAAAACGCGGACGACAAGCGCAACCCAUGCGCGGACCGAGCCUUAAGACCGAAAUCGUGGAUGACAUUUGGUUAACCAAAAACUUUGAGCAACCACAACCUGAUGAUUACAAGAGUGCCCCUGAAACUCUAUUUACAAACCCGAAAACGUUUCUAUGGGAUUACAAGGGAAUUGCGGCUAAGUCCUCUUUCGCCUCGCACAAGGGCGGCAUAUACCGGUGCACUGUUAUCGCCACCCUCCCGGAUCGGACAAAGAUAGAAGCUUGUGGUGAUGCCAAGAAUAAGAAAAUAGCUGAGAAGUCGGCGUGUCGACACCUGGUUCUGAAACUCCAUCAGAAUGGCAUGCUUCAGGGGAUUGUUAAUAAUACAGAGAGCGCAGGGGUUCAUGACAAAGAGUUGCUGAGUGAUGAAGUCGAUGCCAAGAUGGACAUCUACGAUUAUUGCGCAAGAUUUGAUGCUGUACCAACGGUCAAUGUUCGGGAGACCAAGGGACCGGGCCCUCGAAAGGGGUUGUUUGAGGUCACUGUGGGAUUUCCACAGCAAAAUAUUCUAGCCACAGCUCGUGCGUCCGAGCUCAAAAAUGCCGAAAUUGUUGCCUGCGUGGAGUUCAAACGACAGGCUGAAGAAUUUCACUCCAAACAAGGAGGCUCUACAAUCAUACUGAAGGAUAUAUCGAGUAUCAAUAGCCGAAACGCCCGAAAAUUUUUCGAAUUCUUCAAGGUGUUCGACAGGCAAGCGCGCUAUGAUGUUGAGCUCAAACAAACCUCUGGAAGGAGGGGCUCAGGGGGAGCAUUUAGAGCCCAGAUGAUGCUUAAUGAGGAGCCUCUUGGAGAACCUGUGGAGUUUGUCGGUAAGAAGUACGCCGAGACUGCGGCAUUCCUUACGGGCGCAAUUGCAUUGAAGCAGAUACGCCCCGAGUUAUUUCCGAAAUUUAUAGAAGCUCUUAGGCUUGGAAACGGAGAACUCCUAAAACCAUUGCUCCCUUCAUGGAUUAACAUCGAUGGGGACUGUAUAAGUACCAUGACGGACACGUUGCACGCUGUGAGGCGUAUCGGCAUGCCCCCAAGUCAAGAUGAAGAGGACUGGAUGGAGCAGGAGCAAGCGCGGAAUUCUUCGCGUUUCGGACCUCGCAAGGCACUGGACCCGGCCUUUGUCGGGGUAAAGAGCAAGAAACUACUGGAAUCAUAUGAAGAGUAUCUGAAUGAUCCUAAAUUGGAGACUUUGAGGAGUAAGCGUGAGGAACUGCCAAUGAAUCAGUAUCGGGCGAAAGUUUUGGAUAUUGUCAACAAUAAUGCUGUGAGUAUUAUUGUAGGUGCAACUGGUAGUGGAAAAACUACCCAGGUGCCUCAAAUUUUGUUGGAGGAGGCGAUCAAAAAUGGGACGGGUGCGAACUGCAAUAUUAUCUGCACCCAGCCUAGACGUAUCGCUGCCACCUCCGUAGCUGCGCGAGUAGCUGUAGAGCGAAACGAGCCGCUUCAGAAAUCUAUUGGUUACCAAGUUCGAUUUGAUUCCAAAUUACCUAUUCCAGGUGGCAGUGUCACCUACUGCACUACGGGUAUAUUGCUGCAACAACUUCGCAACUCUGCAGAUGAAGCCUUGGACGGAAUCACGCAUCUUGUUAUCGACGAGGUCCACGAACGCGAUAUACUUAUCGAUUUUCUACUAAUUAUUCUUAAACGAGUCAUGCAUGACAGAAUGAAGAGAGGGUUGCCGGAGGUGAAGGUGGUAUUAAUGAGUGCUACCAUGGACACGGAACUUUUCGCAAGUUACUUCCAGUACAAGACCGCCGAUGGCAGGCUUGUCCCAUGCCCUAAUCUGAGCGUGCCGGGGCGUACAUUCCCAGUAAAGGAGGUCUAUCUGGAAGAAAUCCAGGACGCUUUGCACGCCCUCCUCAGUAUGCUCCACUCUUCCAUUCCGAAUCAGAAUGAAGUAUUUGAGGACGUACUAGAGGGUCGUCGGAAGGUCAUUCUUUCGACCAAUAUUGCAGAAACCUCCGUCACUAUUCCUGACGUCAGGUAUGUCGUGGACAGUGGAAAGUUGCGAGAGAAACAAUAUGAGCAAGCACGGAGAAUUACCCAGCUUGUGUGUACCUGGAUCAGUAAAUCAAAUUCGAAGCAGCGUGCUGGCAGAGCGGGCCGUGUCCAAAACGGAAAUUACUAUGCCUUAUUUAGCAAAUCACGAUCUGAUUCCUUACGUGGCACUGGGCUUCCGGAAAUGCUUCGAUCGGACCUUCAAGAAAUUUGCUUGGAUAUCAAGGCUCAAGGGUUUAAGGAUUCGGUCGCCCAGUUUUUGUCGGAGGCUAUCGAACCCCCGUCACGCAAUGCGAUAGAAGCCUCGUUGGCCCAGCUUCGUUUGUUAGGUGCUCUCACAGAAAAUGAAGGAUUAACUCCUCUCGGACGCGUCCUUGCAACUAUGCCCGUUGAACCUGCUCUUGGCAAGAUGAUCCUCCUUGCUGUCAUCUUCCGUUGUUUAGAUCCAAUAAUGAUUUUGGGAUCCUCAUCUGGCGUUCGCGAUAUAUUUGUCGCCCCCCCCGAGCGCAGGGCAGAGGCCAACCGUGUAAGGAAUUCUUUCGUCAGAGACACUGGUAGUGAUCACAUGGCAUUGAUAAACGCCUUCCGUGAAUGGCGGUCGAUUCGUGAUCGUGAUGGGAUGCACGCAGCCCACCGCUUUGCUGAAGAGAACUUCCUUCAUCGGGGUGCACUGAGGACUUUGGACGCAACCACUCUCCAGAUCGAAGAGCUUCUGGUUAAGGCAAACAUAAUACCACAUGUACGCAGGUACGAGAGGAACCGAUCCGAAAUUGGGCAUCCCUCUUCAAAUCAGUACUCGGAUCAUGUCCCGCUCAUUAAGGCGCUCACACUUGCGGGAAUGUACCCCAAUAUUGCCGUUGCUUCCGGGGGCAAAGGAUUGCGUACGCCGAACGAGAACUUUUCUAUGAUUCAUCCAACAUCUGUCCACUAUACCAAUAGGAGCGACUCCGGCAUGCCUUUCGGGACCCUUGUAACCUUCACAACGAAAGCAAAAAGCAAUGACGGUGGAACCCUUCUUUUGCGGACUGUCACUGAAGCUAGACCCCUCAUGGCUAUCCUUUUUGGUGGGAAGCUGGAGUCUAGUGGCACCAUUGUGGAAAUCGACGGUUGGCUACCUUUCCAAGUACCCCCGCCAGCCGUGAAGAAGACGAAUGAGUUCAGAAUGUGCCUCGAUAGAUUACUUGGCCAUGCCUUCCGCAGUCUUUCUGAGAGAAACUUGCGGGGCAAUAACUUUUUAGCCGAUAAUAGAGCUCGUGAAGCUUUCGCCGAGGGCUUAGUAGAACUUCUCAAAAUUGACAGUCAACAAAUCACCAGGAGAGCUGUCUCCGCUGAACGAGAACGGGGAUCUGCGUCUGGACACGGCCGCAACCAACCCUGGGAUACAGGCAGGCAGGCAUUCGGCGGCAACCGAAACCAAUCCUUCGAUCGAAGGAACCAGCCCCGCGGCCGCGGCAACAGUGGCAUCGGAUUCGCCCGAAGGGACCAACCCUUCGAUCGCGGUAACAGCGGCGAGAGGUUUAGCAGCCAGAACCCCAUGCCCCGUGACCGCUCCCUUGAUAGAAGCAGUUUCGGCCAGGACCCAGCACCCCAGCGCGGUGGCGGCAAUAGUGGAUCCUCCUUCCAACGCGGCAGUGGCUUCAGAAGAGAGCUCUCAGCUGGCGGACGAAGCGACUGGGGAUUCAAUUCUAGUAGUGGUCGAAGAUUUUAAGUGAUAUAAGAAGGUUCUUGUUUCUCCACCUUUUUCUUUUCUUUUCUUUUUUACCUAUUUCCUUUUCAUCCAUCUAUCCAAAAUCAAUUAUCACCCGCAAUGGUCUGGUGAUUGGGGGCGCUGUUAUUUUUGUCUUUUCUUUUUUUACCAUGUGUUUUAUAAAGGCUCCUCUUCGCUUUCUUCCUUUCUUCCUUCCCAUUGGUACUCAUAAAGGCUCUUUUCCUCUAUUUGACUUAUAGCACUUGCGAUACACCCCGAGCUUUACCUACUUACACUACCUACCUCCUAUUAUUGUGCAAUUCAUAAAACCCACCCACCUACCUACCUACCCCAUGCCGCAUUCCAUCAUCCAUUUGCUUGUAUUUCUCUUUUCCUUUGUUUUUCCUUUCGUCCCCAUAAAUUGUUCCCCAGGGUUUCUUCUCUCCAAAAUCUGAUGUUAGCAUCUGGGUAUGGGGUUCUAAACAAAACAAGGAUUUCCUUCAUGUCCUUAUGUUUUGCAUUGUCCUUAUUGGUUUGUUUAGAUGGGUUGUGUAGUUCGGUUUGAUAUGGUUUGGUAUAUAGGGGGUUAUGAUAAGGUGGAAGGAUGAAGGUUGCUACGGGAAUUCUUUAUAAAAAAGCAUUUGUAUGAUUACUGGCCUCCGUUAAUAGAGGAAAAUCUCCCUUU